AUGGGUUUAUGUACAUAUUUCCAUGUUCUACUUCAUAUUGCAAUUUUUGCCUCAUUAUGGCGAAGGUCUUGUUUCGCCUUGGAGACAUUUCCAGCUACUUUUAUUUUUGGAGAUUCUUUGGUUGAUGCUGGUAACAACAACCACAUUGCAACUAUUGCCAAAGCAAAUUACGCUCCCAAUGGGAUUGAUUUUCCUGGUGGCGCUAAAUGUACUGGACGUUUUUCCAACGGAAGAACCGUAGUCGAUAUCGUAGGGGAAGAGUUGGGUUUGAGUGCUUAUAUUCCUCCUUACUUGGCUCCUACAACAGUUGGAGAUGUCGUCCUUCGUGGAGUCAAUUAUGCAUCUGGUGGUUCUGGAAUUCUUAAUGAGACGGGAGCUAUCUUCGGUGGUCGAAUCAACUUGGAUGCACAAAUCGAUAACUUCGCGAAUACAAGGAAAUACAUUAUCUCAACUGUCAACGCUUCAUCCAAAACAUUACUUGGGGAAGCUCUUUUCUUUGUUGUAAUUGGUUCUAAUGAUUUCAUUGCCAACUACUUCACUCCGAUUCCCUUAAUACCUCUGCGAAAGGUUACUCCAGAAGUGUUUGUUGAUUCAAUGAUAUCGAGACUCAGACUUCAAUUAACCAGAUUGUAUGGAAUGGAUGCAAGAAAGAUUGUUGUUGCGAAUGUUGGACCAGUUGGUUGCAUUCCAUUUGAAAGAGCUACAAAUCACCAAGUUACAACAAGUGGUUCUUGCAAGGAAUCCAUGAACAAUGCAACAAUAUUGUUCAACACGAAAUUGAAAAGCCUUGUCAUGGAGUUGAAUUCAAAUCUUGUUGCAUCCAAAUUUGUUUAUGCAGAUGUCUACAACAUCUUUUCUCAUCUUGUUGACAACUAUCAAUCUUACGGUUUUGAGAACUAUACAACAUCAUGUUGCCAAAUACUUCCUGGCCCGCUGCUUCAAGGUUUGUUACCAUGCAGUCCAACAUCAAUAGUAUGUAGGAACCGAUCCAAGUAUGUAUUCUGGGAUGAGGCUCAUCCGACUGAAGCUACUAACGUCGUUAUUGCAAAAAGGUUUCUCGAUGGUGAUUCUAUGGACAUGUAUCCAAUGAAUAUUCGCCAACUCUAUUACGCAUGA